GAUACGAUGUUGGAAGAAAAGCUACAUCUUCCUUCAUCUUGUCUCAAAAACGACUAUUCGCAGCCUCUCUGCUACUUUAUUCACUGCAACACAAAGGAGAAAUAUUUCUAAAUACCUAAGGGAACGUUUACUAAAGUUCAACAACGAACAAAGAUCCUUUUUUUUGCUCGAAUAACCAUCAGCUAUUUUCCUUCMUUAGGGUAAACUUUGAGCUACGUCGAGAAAUUUUAGCAUACCUUUUAUUGCUUAGUUAUCAUUUAUAGUUAAUCCAAUGUUUUCCGACGAUGAAGAGCUGUACUACUACACCAGGCGAGAUUAUGCCUGUGAUACUGAUGACAGUGGUCCAUACUAUGAUGAUGAUGAUUACUACGAUGACUAUGAUUAUUAUGAUAGCGAUAAUGAGGCCAGAUAUGCCAGGAGACUUGCUGAAUACAAGAUUAAGAGUGAAAAGGAAAAACUAUCAAAAGAAUCGGAAGAUGGCAAGAAUAAUGCCGAUAGCACCCCAAAAGUGUUUCAGUGUAGCUCAUUGGUUAAUAUCUGUGCAGGAUAUUUGGCGUUGAAUUUUCCUUUCGCAUACCUACAAGACAGGUUUCCACCUAUACCAGAUGAUCUGCUGCUGAAAGUGAUUAGGUUUUCAUUUCCAGACAGUGAGGAGAAGAUUAGAAAGUAUGCGGAGUUUAGUCGGUCCAGAGCAGAUAUAAACUAUCCAUCAAAACUGUGUAGUGCUGUUAAAGUGAAAGAUAUGAUGCAGAUAGGGUUUCGACUAAGUGCCAGUGUGGAAGACAAGUAUGUUACCAUUCAUUUUGAUCGUGGUAAGAUAACUUCUGCACAAUGCACAUGCGACYCCUCAUCAAGCUGGUGCCUUCAUGUCAUCGCUACUGCUUUGAUGAGAAUCCGAAAUGCCGACAGCUUUGACCAAUCCAAAAUGAGAUUGCCUGUAUCAGAUGCUCUGAAUGACCUAAGCAGUGAACAGCUUUUGAAGUUUUCGCAGUAUCUUUUGUAUCAUCACCAAAAUCACCAGAUUAAUGUUGUUGAUGGAGCCCCAGACCCUACCRCUGGACCAGGAGAUGCUCUCGAGAAGCCAUUCAAACCCAUUGCCAGGCUUAUUGCUGAACUUGAAUACCUCCAGGAAAAKACUCAAAAACUGUCCACUCAUAUAGGAAUGUUGCAUGACCAACUGUCUGAAAUGGAAGCGAGAGUGUCAUUGUUGUGGAGCCAUUUCGUACAGACCAUCUACUCUGACGAAGAAAGAGCAAGAGCUGCAGAAAAUUGGUUUGCAAAGAAAAGGAGACCUCAGGAAGGACCAAGUAACUAUGAAGAUUAUAAACUGGAAGAAACCUUAAAGUCACUGUCUAAUGAUGACUUAGCAGAAUUCCUUGCUGAGUUCCAAAGACCAGAUCUUGUAUCUGUCUUAAUGAAGGAUCAAACAAAUGACCAGCCAAGGGAAAUGUCUUUUGAUGAAGAUAUCAAAAGCGCUGGAUGUCGCAUCGUCGAAGAAGAAACAAUUGGAAAAUCAUUUAACCAAGAACUYAACAACCAUGAUGUCGAGGRAAAAGAUUCGUCGGACCAGCCAAGCUGGUAUUUUCCAUUGCCAGAAAGUAGGCAAGAUUUUUGCUCUUCAAACAAUGCUGYUGGGGAAAAAGAGUUGCCAAUUUUGAGAGAAGAGUGCACUCAAACUGAUGCAUUGAGUUUGGUCCAGGAAUACAGGGAUAUGAAUGUUCAAACAGGUCCAGCACAACUGGUAAAGAGAGUUAUUUUUAAAAGUUAUUUUAUAAAUAUAGUUCAACAAUCUUACUCUUUUUGGUACAUUUUGUGCUUCAUGAGCCCAUGUUCCUUUUGGUCUCUGGCAAAACUGUUUUUUGAUUGGCUACUGUUAGGAACCAGGGGACAAAAUACAAGGCCAUAA